AUUAUACUGUGCCUUCUUUUAACGAACUGCAACGUGUUAUCCAUUUUUUUAUUUUUGCUUAUCUAGUCAAACAGAAAUAAUUCAAUCAACCAGCAGGAUCUUUACUCCCACCCUAUUUAUAUAGAAAGAGCAGAAAAGUAAUAUUAACAUCAUAUUGAAAUAGAUCAUAUAUACAGUAUACAGCUUCAGCAUCCAGGAAUUAUUUUCUGCUCUGAGACAGACUAGAAGCCAUGCAUUCCCGUAGCAACAGUAUAGAAAACAUUUCAGAGGUCCAGUCAUCUAAGUUACAGGCUCAAGUACAGCAAGGAGAAUCCAAGUGUGAUGAGUCCUUAACUAGCUUUCAAGAUCUUAGCAGAUCAUGUUACGAGGAACUUCCAGUCAACAUGAGUACAGUACAGCCAAAGCACAGGAACAAUCGCUGCAGCCAGGCAUGCAACAAAAACUGCGAGCUGUCAGGAAACAGCAGGGACCUCUCCCAUGAUGAUCUCCUUCUCCUGCUGAGCAUCCUGGAGGGAGAGUUGCAGGCAAGAGACGAGGUGAUCACAGUGUUGAGGGCAGAAAAGACAGAGCUGGCAUCCCUUGAGGCCCAUUAUGGCUUUAUGACUCCUGCCAAAGUGCUUCAGGCCCUGCAAAGAGACAAGGGCAUAGAUUAUGUUUGGAAAGAAGACAUCUAUGAGAAACCAAUUGCAGAGUUGGACAAGCUUGUGGAGAAGCAGAAAGAGACAUACAGACGUAUGCUGGAAAACCUGCUACUGGUAGAGCAGGCACACAAACAGACACUUUACAGACUGGAGGAUGAGAAGCAUAAUCACAGCGAGUACAUGAAAAAAUGUGAUGAGUUUACCAACCUUCUGGAGCACGAAAGAGAAAGAUUGAAAUUACUCAAUGACCAAGAAAAGGCUUCCCAGGAACAAAGAGAGGAAGAGAACAACAGGAAGGUGACCAAUCUUACAGAAGAACUGACUAAACUCAAGUCUUUUGCUCUCCUGCUUAUUGAUGAACAGCAGUGUGUCACAGAACAGCUGACUCAACAAACUGCAAAAGUUCAGGAUCUACAAGCUGCUGCCAAAGAAGCCCAAGAGGAGCUAAACUCUGCGCGGACCAGGGCACAAAAAAUGGAAAGCAAAGUGCUGCACUUGGAGUCUGAAUUACAUGCUCAGGUGGUUCAAUUCCAACAAGAACAAGAAGUUAUGAGCAAAAAUCUGUCUGAGAAGAACAAUCUAAACCAACAUUUGCAUCAAAAGCUGUCUACACUUCGCCAAGAGCUGACUGAGCUUGAACAGUCAAACAAGGCCUUUCGCAGGGCAGAGGAGGAACUGCAGGAGCUAAAAGACAAAAAUAGCAACAGAGAGAACGGAACCUCUAGUCUUGUUUUAGAAGUGGAAGAGCUAAGAAAAAAAGUGGUAGAAAUGGAAGAAAAAGAUGAUGAAUUAAUAAAGAUGGAAGAUUUGUGCAGAAACCUCAAAAAGAAUCUGGAGAGGGAGUCCACUCAGAAUUGUAGCCUGAAAACAGAGGUGGACAAGCUAAAUCUUAAAAUUAUAGAGCUUGAAAAAUUACAAGAUGCAUUUGAAAAGAGUGAACAGGAAUUUAGCUCAAUCAAGUGCAAUUUAGAAACAGAAAGGACAGUAACUAAACAUAUGUGUAAUGAAAUAGAUAAUCUGAGGUUAAGGAUAAAAGAACUUGAAGCUGCUGAAAGUCUAUUAGAAAAAACAGAGUGGAAACUAAAGGAAGAUCUUACAAAAUUAAAAACACUUACAGUCAAGCUGGUUGAUGAGAGGACAACCAUGGCAGAGAAAUUGAAGCAACUGGAAAUCAAGGUUCAAAGUAGCACUGAUAAACUUCAGGUUGAACAAGAGAAAGUGACAGUAGUAACAGAGAAGCUGAUUGAAGAAAGCAAGAAGGCUUUAAAAUUCAAAGUGGAGCUGGAGGAAAAAAUAUGUAUUGUGACCAGGGAAAGAGAUGAUUUUGAGACCAAGCUAAAAACUGAGAAGGAGAAAAACAAUGCCCUUCAGUCAAAAGUUAGCAUGAUGGAGAAGAGGCUCCAGGCCUUGGAAGCUGUUGAAAGGGAGUUUUUGAGAAACAAAGCAAAACAAGAGAACAUAAAGGGACCUAUUCAAAAUGGGUUUCAACAAGAACACAACAAAGUUAAAGAUUUAACACAAAAUGUAAAAUGGCUUAGGUGGAAGCUCAGUGAGAAAAAUGUGGUUAAGGGUGAUCUCCCAAUGACACAUGAUGCUGGGGAAUCCUUGAAAAUUAGAUACUCCAGUGAAAAAGCACUUAUGGAAGAAUUAGAGAUCACCAGAAUGGAGCUUUCUAGAUACCAACUGGUUGAGAAGAAAAAUUUCAACCAAGAACACAGUCUGUAUAAACAUUUGAAAGAGGAAGAGGUCAAGUCCAAUCACCUGACCAAGGAAGUGGAAGCAUUAAAGGAAAAGAUAUACAAUUACAUGGGCACAGAAGAAUCCAUCUGUAACAUGAAAACAGAAUAUGCUUCUAUCCAAAAAAAGCUUACCCAGCAGGAACUCAGAAACAAGGAACUUGCCAGGGAGAAGGAGAGCUUAACAAGGGAGCUAGAGAGAUACCGUCGCUUUAGUAAGAGUCUACGGCCUGGCAUGAUUGGGAAACGGUUUUCAGACCUACAAGUCACUACAAAGGAGGUUCAGACUGAACCUAUAGAUAGCCCUAUACAUACUUAUGAAAACUUCAGUCUUCUUGAAUGUGCUGUAAUGAAUGGGAAAAUAAAUGAGGAGAAGAAUGAACAGCAUUAUAAGGAGAUUAAUCCAGCAAAAUGUAGUCCUCCACUCAAAAAUAGUAAUAACAACACAGUAAAUUUGAGAAAUGAUUUUUUAAAGAGUAUGGAGAAACAGCAGCUUACUGACUGCAAAUUGCAAACAACAGAAAAUAGAUCACAUAUUCAGCAAGCAGAUAUGUUGGUGACACAUAUUCCAAGCCAACAUCUUCAUAGCAAAGUCACACCAGACUAUAGCCAUACCACAGCUGCUCUCAAGAUAAAAAAUCCUAUUACAGAAAAUACUCAGUCAUAUACAAGUACAGCAGUUAUCCCAACCAGUGGUUGCACCAGGAAACAAAAAAUUACCAUCAUUCAAAAUGCACCAGGCUCUAAACAAAAUAAUAGUCCUUCCAUUAAAAGUCCUUCCACACCUGAAUUAUCAAUGUCACCUGUCAGUAUGACAACAUAUUGCCAAACUGUGAAUUCUGAAUUUAAUGGUUUAUUGACACCAAACUUUGCAGUGCCAUCGACUGAGACAACAACAAUCACAACAGGAAAUUGUGAUAAAGCACUACAGACUGAGGUCAAAGCAGGCCACAAUGUGUUCUGUGUAACACCACCAAGACAAAAUAAACAGUAUGUACAUGGGUAUAACAGCUCAAGCCCAAGUGUCAUCACCAAUGAAGACAACAAAAUUCACAUUCACUUAGGCAUACCAUACCUCAAGCCUAUUAAUAGCAAUAUAGAACCCUGCAGCCCUGGCUAUUCUGCUGGUCAAAAGCAAAGCACGUCUGUAUUAACAAGUGAUACUCUAGGAAAAGUUACCAGCAAAGUUGUGGGUAGCAUCAGGAUAAACCCCACUACCCCUCCCAUCCCACAACCAUCACAAAUUACAAUACCUGUUGAAGAAUUCCAUCAGUCUCUUCCCACCAAACCUAAUGCCCACAGUACAACAGCAGGAACAAAUUCCAGGGCUGUGCUGACUCAAAGCAAAUGAACUGUACAGGCUCUGUCCAAGUUGGGAAAAAAACAUAUACAGUGGCGUGAAUGCCGAGACCCUGUCAACAAUGCCAGAAUGAAUAGU